GAAGGGUUUCACAAAUACACCAACGGUCAUCUCCUCAACGGUCAAGAUUGAAACUCUCACCCCCAAAUUUUCAAAACCAAAAAAUCAAUCGAUCGUUAACCCAAAUCACCUUCUCUAGCAAAACCACACCCUAAUUUCCAUGGAGCAACUGCAUGAUUUCAAGAUGAAUGUUGACGGUGAAACCCUAAUUGGUCCGGAUGUUGUUUCGUAUUCGGAGAAGAAGUUUGGUGGGGUUUCAACGGUGAAUGAUGAAUGUUUGUUCGAUUAUAUGGUUUGUGAUUCGAGUUCAAGGUUGAUUCCAAAUGGGUUUGUGAAAUCGAACUGUACAGAUGAAGUUGUUCUGUUUGUGAACGCCGGAGCCCAAACCAUAGUAGAACCUGAUUCAACCAUAAACUUGGUAGAGGAUAAGUACUUUGAUGGAGGCGACAUAUUUCAAACGAACGAGUGUAUAACCGAGGGUGGUGAUGUUUCAUUCAUUUACCACACAGCAAGAAUAGGCGAGUUUCAGUACCGGUUUGACAAUCUACCAGAGGGUGAUUAUUAUGUUGACCUUCAUUUUGUCGAGAUGAUAAACACAUUCGGUCCUAAAGGCAUGAGAGUGUUCAAUGUAUACUUGCAGGACGAGAAGAUUCUUGUGGAUUUUGACAUCUUUUCUGUUGUCGGAGCCAAUAGACCAGUGCAGUUAGUUGACUCGAGAGUCAAAGUCAAGAUGGGUCAACCUAUUGUGGUUAGGUUUGAAGGGAUCACCGGUAGUCCUUUGAUCAGUGGAAUAUGCAUAAGACGGGCUCCUCAUCUUCGUGAUGAUGUUGUAAACCAUGAUUGUAUAAAAUGUCAAAACUGUGCUGCUGAUAUAGAAGUCCUCUCAGUUCAGAAGAAAGUAAUGCGAAAGAAAUCGGUAGAGAAGUACGAGAAGAGGAUACAAGAGUUGACUAGUCAAUGCCAGCGUAAGACUGACGAAUGUUAUCAAGCUUGGAUGUCUUUAACUGCAACAAAUGAACAACUUCAGCAGGCGCGUAUGGAACUUGACAAUAAGUUGUUCCAGACAUCCUCCCUUGACCGAAAGAUGGAGAAACAAUCCGAGAUGCUUACGAACAUAUCAAGUAGAUAUGAACAUGACAAGAAAGUUUGGGUUGCUGCCGUCAAGGAAUUAUCACAUAGAAUAAUGGUUUUGAAACAAGACCACUCCCAGCUCGCUCUUCAGGCGCACCAAUGUGCUAACUCAGUUCCCGAUCUAAAUAAUAUGGUUUCUGCAGUUCAAGCAUUAGUUGCACAGUGUGAAGAUCUAAAAAUGAAGUACAAUGAAGAACAAGCAAAGAGAAGAAAGCUUCAUAAUCAAGUUGAGGAUGCAAAAGGAAAUAUAAGGGUAUUUUGUCGUUGUCGUCCACUAAGCAAAGCAGAAUCUUCAACCGGGUGCUCAACGGUUGUAGACUUCGAUGCAGCAUCUAAUGGUGAACUUGGGAUUUUAAAUAGCAGUUCCGUCAAAAAGACGUUCAGAUUUGAUAGAGUCUUCACACCUAUUGACAAUCAAGUUGAUGUUUUUGCCCAAGCGUCACCAUUGGUAACGUCGGUUUUGGAUGGCUACAAUGUAUGCAUAUUUGUGUACGGACAAACGGGGACGGGGAAGACGUUUACGAUGGAGGGUACAGAGGGAAACCGAGGGGUUAACUACCAAACACUCGAGGAGUUGUUCAAAAUUGCAAAAGAAAGAAAUGACACUUUCACAUAUGACAUAUCCGUUAGCGUGCUUGAAGUGUACAAUGAACAAAUAAGGGAUCUGCUAACAACAUCAUCAUCGUCGUCAACCUCCAAGAAGUUGGAAAUAAAGCAAGCUGGUGAAGGGGGGCUUCACAGUAUUCCGGGGCUAGUUGAAGCAAAAGUUGAAAACAUACAAGAAGUUUGGAAUGUAUUGCAAGCCGGAAGCAGCGCUCGUGCUGUGGGGUCAAAUAAUGUGAAUGAACAUAGCAGCCGCUCUCAUUGUAUGCUAUGUAUUAUAGUAAGAGCAAAGAAUUUGUUAAACGGCGAGUGCACAAAGAGCAAGCUAUGGCUUGUGGAUUUAGCCGGAAGCGAGAGGCUUGCAAAGACAGACGCUCAAGGCGAUCGCCUCAAGGAGGCCCAAAAUAUAAACCGAUCUCUUUCCGCUCUCGGUGAUGUAGUAUCUGCUUUAGCAAAUAAAAGCAGUCACAUCCCAUACCGGAACUCAAAGCUCACACAUUUACUACAAGAUUCAUUAGGUGGUGACUCGAAAACGUUAAUGUUUGUGCAAAUUAGUCCAUCGGAACGUGACUUAAGUGAGACUUUAAGUUCAUUAAACUUUGCAACGAGAGUUAGAGGGGUCGAGUUGGGUCCCGCUAGAAAGCAAAUCGAUACAGGCGAACUACAGAAAAUGAAAAUGAUGCUUGAUAAAGCAAAGCAAGAAUUGCGUUUAAAAGAUGAGUCGUUGAGGAAGUUAGAAGAGAGUUUACAGAAUGUGGAAGGCAAGAUCAAAGGUAAAGAUCAAGUACAUAAAAACCAUAUGGAGAAGAUUAAAGAGCUUGAGAGCCGGAUUGAAUUCGAAAAAGGAUUACACUCCCAGUUAGAGAAACAAGUUUCGGUUCUUUCGGAUAAGUUGAGGGCGAAAGAGGAAUCUAACAAUGGGCUUCAACAAAAGGUCAAGGAGCUCGAGAACAAGCUUACGGAAGAAGAACAGUUGAGAGCUAUAACACACCAACAGAAGGUCAGGGAUCUUGAAGACAAACUGAAAGAGCAGGUCAAAGAGUCAAAGUCCUACACUUUGACCCUUCAAAACAAGAUUGAGGAACUUGAAAGGAAACUAAAAGAACAAGAACAAGAUUCCGAUUCAACCUCACUCCAUCAAAAGAUUAAUGAGCUUGAGGAGAAGCUUAAAGAGAAAGAAAGGCGAAUGUCUAUAAAUUCGACAGUUGAAGAUUCCUCUAGUUCCAUGAAGUCAUAUUCCCAUGAGGACCCCAAACAUAACGACGGUUCAAGAGACAACAAGUUCAUAAAAGAGGUCGAACAACAUGUUUUAAGGAGUUCAAAUCUAAUGAACCGCCAAGUGGCUGCUGGAUAUAACCGGUCAAAGAAAAAUGACUCUCUUGGUAGCGUAGGAGUGACAAGAAAGAGGUUGUCGAGAAAUAGUGAAGUAGAGAACGUUGAUAACAAUGAGAGUAAGUCAAGGAGGUCAGACCCACCUAGACCACACCACAAGGGUCCGGCAAGAAUGGCUAAACCAGUACCAGCAGGUCAGAGACCGGAUAACCAUAGUAGACCGAGUGGUCCAAAUCAAGAGCGCGAGAACAAGAAAAGGACAUGGGCUUGAUCAUGAACAUAGUAUGCAUGCCAAUCAUAUAUUCGAUAGAUAGCGCGUUAUAAACAUAAUAUGCAAGCCAAUUUGCAUGCAAUCCUUUUUACAGUAGUUGAUAAUAAUCAUAAUAUCAUUCCAUAGCGUUAUAAUAUCUUAACCGUGUGUCUUGGGGUUUC